AUGGUCAGCGCUCGGGAUACGUCUACAGUACUAUUGGGAACUGCUUUGCUGCAUGUCCGAGAUCAUGCUGGUUGUAUGCAGCAGGUGCGUGCUCUCAUUGAUUCCGGAUCACAAAUAAGCGUCAUGUCAACGUCAUGUGUUGAACGGCUGGGCUUAAGGCGGGUGAAAUGGACCGCGCCUCUCACAGGUGUAUCCGGCGUUGCAGUUUCCAAUGUCGACGGUUUGGUCAAGUGCAUAAUUGCUCCUCGAUAUGACGACCACCGUAUCCACGUCAGUGCUUGGAUACUUCCGAAAAUCACCGGUAACAUGCCUAUCUGUCCUCUCGCACCUCAAGUCAAACAGCACUUUAGUCACUUAGCGCUUGCAGACCCAGGAUUCGACCGUUCCGACCCCAUAGAUUUACUUUUGGGUGCUGAUGUGUACUCCCAGGUCAUGAACGGUAAACGAAUUGUCAUCAAUCAUUCGUUGCCUGCUGCUUUCGGGUCCUUGUUUGGCUGGAUCAUUAUCGGCCCUGUUCAGGGCUCUGUGUCUCAAUCGUUCCAAUCUAAUGUUGUGUCACUUACCAUCUCUUUAGAGACCAUCAUCCAACGGUUUUGGCAAGUGGAAGAGCCGGACGAAGUUCCAGACACAUUCACCAAGGACGGUCAAUGUGAAAGUAUUUACAUUUCGGAACGGACACGUGAUUCUACGGGACGAUUUGUAGUUCCACUACCAUUUUUAAAUGAACACCGGUCCGAGACGUUUCCCGGUUCCAGACAAAUAGCUGUGCGACGCUUUCAGAAUCUGGAAAAGAAGCUCCAAGACAAUGACACCUUAGGCCAAGCAUACAGACAGUUUAUGCAUGAGUACGAAUCGUUGGGACAUAUGUCCAUUGCUCCUUGCCCAGGUUCAUACUUUAUUCCACAUCAUCCGGUGUUUAAGGGAUCGCCAACUUCGAGCAAGAUACGAGUUGUCUUCGAUGCAUCUGCAACGGCAUCGAACAAGCUUUCGUUAAACCAAUGUCUGCAUACCGGCCCUAAAUUGCAACAAGAUAUCAUCGACAUCCUUCUACGGUUCCGCGUGCACAAGUACACAUUCACUGCUGAUGUGUGCAAAAUGUACCGCCAGAUUUUAGUACAUCAGCAAUACCGGUCAUUUCACACAUAG